UUAUCUACUACAUAUAUUAUUGUUUGGGUGCAAUGUCUUAUGUAGAUUUGUUUGAUGAAUACAUUUCACAACCCAACAUUAGUAGUAGCUGGAACACCAAGUUAUUAAAAUUAACAUCAUACAAAACCAAGAAUAAUGGUAAUACUUUUAGACUUCAGUUCACCUUAGCACGUCAACAUGAAGGUUUAUACUAUAAUAACAAUUUUAUUUUUGUUACAUUAUGAAGUAUUGUGUAUUGGUACUUAUACAGAAAUAGUAACUAAACCAUCACUUACUGAAGAACAAUUGAAUUGGGCAGCAUUCAAUGCUAACAGUAAUACUGGAAUAAAAAACAGUGGCUUUAAAGGAAACUUUAGACCUGAACAUAAACCUAUAGCUUCUACAAUUUUUAAACAAUCUAAUAAUAAUGCAGCUCCAUUAUGGGAUGGUGAAAAUUGUCCUCCAAGAUCAACUGCAUUAUUUCCAAUUCAAUCGGACUGUAGAAAAUUUUUAAAUUGCUUUAAAGGUCGUGGGUUUGUCCAAUCAUGUGCACCAGGUACUUUAUUCAAUCCUAAUAGUUUAGAAUGUGAUUUUCCUGCUAAAGUACAAUGUCUGGAUGGAAGUCCAUCAAAAGUUGAUUCAUCAUUUAUUAACAGAAAUCCUAGUCAAGAUUUUGAUUUAAAUGUUCAAACAUCCAAUCAAGAUCGUUUAUUUAUAAAUAAUAAUCAAUAUCGACCUCAAUCAUUAAAUCAAUACCAACCUCCAUCAUUAAACCAUUAUCAACCUCAAUUUUCAAAUAAGGAUCAACCUCAAUCUACUUACCCUUUAACUGGAACAUCACUUUUAACCGGAAAUAAACAGUUAAAAUCUGAUGAUUACUCCCAACAUUUUGAUUCUGUUGUUACCCCAGAAUAUGAUUUACAUUCUGAAGGAUAUAAACCACAUCUCAGUUCUGAUUUUCAAGAUAAUAUAUAUGCUAAUUCAAAUAUUGAAGGGAAACCACAGUUGGUUAGCCCCAUGAAAAAAAACCAUAAAUUUGCACCCUAUAAUUCACCUAAUGAGCAAGUAUUUAACCCAAGCCUUCUAACUGAACCUCAACAAGUUUUUGGUAAUACAAAUUAUCCUGGACAAAUUCAAGAGCAGUUCCCUAUCGGACAAAAUUUACAAUCAAAAUCAGCAUCAAUUGGUAGCAACACAAAUUAUCCAGGAUCAAUUUAUCAGCAGUUUCCUGCUGGACAAAAUGUUAAUCUAUUUCCAUCAAAAAAUUUUUAUAAUAGACCUGCAAAUCCAGCACAAGAAAGUUCUCUGAUUUCAAACAGUCAGUCAAAUGUUGAAGGAUCUCAAUUUCAACUGAAUCAAAAUAAUAAUGAAAAACCUGGUGUUUUUGAAACAUCCAAUUACGAACCCCAUUUUAAUUAUGAUACACCUGAUAAUUAUGAUAAUAUUCCAGAAACUCAAGAUACUUAUUUAAAUGAACAAGAACAAAAAUAUCAACAUCAAAAUAUUAGAUUUCCUUCACCAAAAGAAAAUUUACCUAUUCCUCAAACUGUUUAUGACAGAAAUCAAAAGUCAAUUUUAUCAAACCCUCCUAACAUUAAUCCAAAUACUUGGAUGCGAGGACAGCUUAAGGGAAAAAAAGGUGUCAAUCGAAAUUCUUAUCCUAAUGGUUAUACAGAUGAACAAAUUCAACAAGAAGAAUUUCAAAAACCUCACAAUCUUCUGAGCAAACCAUCAUUGACCUUUGAUUUAGGUCAUGAACAACAAAUAGAGCAGAACAAACAAGUUCAUAUUCAGAAUACUUAUGACUCAAGUCAAAGUUAUUUAGAUCAUGGACAACCAUUAUCAUUAUCAAAUAGUCAUAGUCAUAACUCAAAUCCUUCACCUGAUUAUUUAGCUUCUUCUAAUGUUAAUCAACCUGAAUCACAGCAAAACUCAUAUCCAAGACCUCAAAAUAGACAAAUAUAUGUAGACUCAAAAAUGAAUAAACAGUUUAAAAUAGUGGUUCCUAAUGUUUCUUAUACUGCUGAUAACAUAGAACAGCCAACAUUAUCCUUAGAAAAUUCACCUACUACCAUAUCAUCCAAACAAUUAAAUUAUGAUAAAGGUUCUUCUGGUUAUAAUACAAUACAAUACCUUAACAAAAAUAAAAAUUUGGAUUUGACUCAAAAUCUUAGUUACAUAGAUAACAAUCAAUCUCCUUCUCAGAAAUCCAUCGUAUACUCACCACCAUCAGCUUCUUCUUGUCCAAAAGGGUUUAGUGGUAUUAAACCACACCCAACAGAUUGUUCAAAAUUUAUAAGUUGUGCUAGUGGUAGACAGUUUGAAAUGAAUUGUGGUCCUGGUACGUUAUUUAACCCUACCAUAUCUGUGUGUGAUUAUCCAUAUAAUGUAGAAUGUAAUCGAAUUGUUAUAACUACAACUACAUCAGCCACAACUGAAGAUUAUAACCUACCUAUUGAUUUAAGACAACAAUUUGAUUAUAAAAAUAGUAGCACUGAUUUAGUAACUGAAAAAGAAACUUUUGAAGACCAUAUAGCCUUAUUAGAAACUUUGCCUACUGAAAAUCGACAGUUUAAAGUCUUGAGAAAUCCAUCUUCAGUCGAUUUACCAGAUAAUUUUUUACCAAACUCUUCUAUAAUAGAUACACCUCUUAAGGGGAUGAAUAAUUUAAUAAAAAAUAAUAUAACAGUGAGAAUUGAUUUAAAACCUAAUAAUACUCAGUCAAUUAGAUUACGAGGAAGUCCUAAAAACAAUGAAGGAUUUUUACAAGUUCAAGAGAAACCUUUUCAAUGGGGUGUUGUUUGUGAUGAAAUAAAUUCUUGGACAAUUAAUAAAGCCGAUAUUGUUUGUAAACAGCUUGGAUUUAAAAGAGGAUCAGAACAAACAUGGCAAGGUUUAACUGUUACUACUGAUAAUCCAACUACAUUAUUGAGAAACAUAGGAGUUACAAAAGUAUCAUGCAAUGGGCAAGAAAGUGCAUUUCAUAACUGUAAACUUCAAAAUAGUAAAAAUUGCAAUGUAGAAAGAGAUGCAGUUUGGGUAAAAUGCCGAGUAAAUUCCGGGUCAGAAUGUCAACCAGAAGAAGUAUCAUAUGAUGGAAAGUGUUAUAAAUUAUUCGUUCCUAUUCGAGAAAAACAAAAUGAAACUAUUCAGGAUGUUGGAUUCAGCAAAACUGAAGCAUUAGAACACUGUCACAAACGAGGAGGAAAACUUUUAGACAUUGACUCUCAAAAAGAAAAUGAUUUUAUAUCUGAAUGGUUAUUCAGACAAAAAACAGAAGGUCCUAUACUAACCUCUGGGGUUGGCUUAUCAUUUUUAAAAAGUCCAAUAUGGAUUUGGGAAGGUACAGAAAAUUCAUUUGUGUACCAAAAUUGGUGGCCAGGUUGGGAAUUAAGAAAAACUGUUGUACCAGUUAUAAAAUCUAACCGUGCAUUAUGUAUUGUGUUACAAAAAUCAUUUCCUUGUCCUUCUAACCCAAACAGCACAAAAUUAUGUGAUUCUGAAUACUAUUAUUGGGAAGCAAUUGAUUGUGGAACAAAAACUGAUAGAUUACCUUAUGUUUGUGAAAGAAAUGUUGAUGAUAUUGGUUGUUUAAUUGGGGCUGGUUCAGACUAUGUUGGUUCUGCUAAUACAACUGCGACUGGAAACGCCUGUUUAUCCUGGGAAGAUCAAAGAGUUUUAAUGGCCAUGAAAUAUAGAGUAUCAGAAAAAACUAGAAGAUCAUUAUUAAAUAAACAUAAUAAGUGUAGGAAUCCUGAUGGUACUGAUUUACAGCCAUGGUGCUAUGUUCAAACAUCUGAAGGAAUGGUCCGAAGUGAAUUUUGUGACAUACCCCCUUGUAACUCUAUUGCAAAAUUAUUUAGAGCCAUGCCAUUAAUUGAAGAACCAAAAUGUGAUAUGGGUUUUUUUGAAUGUCAACCUAAUGAGUGUAUCACUCAAGCUUGGGUUUGUGAUAAUCAAGCAGAUUGUAGUAAUGGUAUGGAUGAAAAAAAUUGUUCUAAUUCUUUAGACAGUUUUAUUAAAACUCCUGAGGCUAAAUUAAUCUACCACGAAGUAGAAAAAUGGCUUCAUACAACUGUUCAUACGUGUGCUAAUCGUUGUAUGCAAGCAAAUGGAUUUAUGUGCCUAUCAUUUUCACAUAAUGAAGUUGAUCAAACAUGUAUAUUGAAUGAAAGAACGAAAAAUGAUAGCAGUACAAUUUUGGAACCUAAUAAAGAUUGGAAUUAUUAUGAAAUGGACAGUGCUCUUUGUCUAGGAAAAUUUAUUUGUGAUAAUGGAAAUUGUAUUGACAAGUUAAAGGAAUGUGAUGGACAUAAUGAUUGUGGAGAUCGUAGUGAUGAAACAAAAUGUACUGAAGCUAUGAUGGGAUAUGAAAUAAGAUUGGCUGGUGGUAAUUCUACUAAUGAGGGACGUGUUGAAGUAAAAGUGCUUGGUGAAUGGGGGGUUAUAUGUGAUGAUAAAUUUGACUUGCGAGAAGCUAAUGUCAUCUGCCAAGAACUGGGCUUCCCAGGUUCUCUUGCUGUGAAACCAAAUUCUUAUUUUGGAGUGCCUAAUAAAACAAGAUUCGUGUUGGAUGAUCUUGAUUGCAAUGGAAAUGAAAAAUCAUUGUACUCUUGUCAGUUUAAAGAAUGGGGAGUUCAUGACUGCAAUAUUCAAGAGUCGGCUGGAGUUGUGUGUAAAGUAGCUGGUGGAAAAACUUGCUUAAGCGAAGAAUUUGAAUGUAAAUCUAGAGAAUGUAUUCCAAUACGUUUCUUGUGCGAUUCAGUGACAGAUUGUACUGAUGGGUCAGAUGAAUCUCCUGAACAGUGUAAUUCACCUUUAGAGAUACGUUUAGUUGGUGGAAAUGAACGUCGAGCUGGUAUGGAAGGCAGGGUUGAAGUGCGUCAAUUUGGUGUUUGGGGAACAGUGUGUGAUGAUGAUUUUGGUAUAAACGAAGCACUUGUCAUUUGCAACAAUCUAGGUUUUAAAGGAAAUGCUGAAUUUAAAAAAGAAGCAGCUUUUGGCCCCGGAAAAGGACAGAUUUGGUUGGAUCAAUUGCGGUGUGCGGGUAAUGAAACCUCUUUAGAACAUUGUAUACACGCAAAAUGGGGACAACAUAAUUGUAAACAUGAUGAAGAUGUAUCGGUUAUUUGUCAUGUGGAUCGAAAAAAAAAUGCAGAUUCUUCAUUAUUAACGGCUGUAAUACCGAAAAAAAAACAUCUUAAAGAACUGCUACCGGGUCAAUGUGGAAAACGGUUAGUUACGAUUCCAAAGUGGAAGAGUAUGAUGCAACAAAGAAUAGCGUUAGGAUAUCAUUCUGAGAGGGGAGACCAUCCCUGGCAGGCCAGUAUAAGAUCGAGGACACCGUCCGGUCUAACGGAACAUGUUUGCGGUGCAGUUAUUAUUUCUAAAUAUCACAUAUUAACGGCUGCACAUUGUGUACGAGAUUUAGAUAAAGAUGUAUACUACGUCAGAAUUGGUGACUUCAAUAUGGAUAUAAACGAAGACUCUGAACAAGAUAUUUACAUUGAUGAAAUUUACAACCAUGAUAAUUUUGAAGGAAGCGUAAAAUUGAAUAACGAUAUAUCAGUUAUAAAAUUAAAGACUGCAGGGAUCAAGUUUAAUCAAUAUGUACAGCCUAUUUGUUUACCUAAUAAAAAUAUUAAAUUGAAAUCCAGUAUGAACUGCACCAUUACCGGAUGGGGAUCUGACGGUUCUAUUGGCUCAAGUUUCGCUAAAAGUCUGCGAUCAGCCUCGGUGCCAAUAAUAGAUGAGAAGAUAUGUAAAUCUGAUUUUGUAUACGGUAAAACGGCUAUUACAGAUGGAAUGUUUUGUGCAGGAAAUCUUGAUGGUGGAGUCGAUGCUUGCCAAGGCGAUUCUGGAGGUCCCAUGGUCUGUUCCACCGAUUUAGGUGAAACAGUAAUGGGCAUAACGAGCUGGGGUUAUGGCUGUGGACGAGCCAACAAUCCAGGAGUGUACACUAAUGUUCAAUUUUAUGAAGAAUGGCUUUCUAAAACAUUGUUCAACUCAAUGCUUGAAUUUUAAAAAUAAAAUAUUAAAACUUUUAAACGGGUA